CCUCCCCUGCCCCCCGCCCCACAUCCGCCUCCCUCCUGGAGAAGCACCCCUCCCCUCCUCCCGCUGCCUCUCGCCUUCGCCCGCUCAGCCGGCAGCCGACGCAAGAUCACUGCCGCCAGACUGGCCAGAUCGGAUCGUUGAUCUUGCCCCACGGAAAUAUGGCGGCGUCAUACCAACCGCCCAGCAACAACCCCUAUGCCUUCGGGCAACACCCUGGCGGGGUGCCCUCUCAGGGCCACUCCCCCUCGCAAAUGCCGUAUCAGCCCCAGGCCCAGCAGCAGCAGCAGCAGCAGCAGCAGCAGUACAGCAACCCCGGCCCUGGCUCGCCAUCGCUGUUCGUCCCCCAGCAGAACGUCCAGCACCAGCCCCCCGGCCUGUAUGGCCAGUCGCCGCCCGCAUAUUCCGACCAGCAGGGCCCCGGCGGCCAGUACCAGAACUAUGACCCCCACUCGACCAAGGUCAACAUGCAGAUGCAGCCGAUCCCCGGGUCCAUCCAGUUUGCGGACCCGUCACAGCAGCAGCAGCAGCCGCAGCAGCAGCAGCAGCCCUACCCCCCGGCAGCUGGGUCCACCGGUUUGCAGGUUCCCCUGAACAUCAUCAUGGGCCACCUGGCCGGGGCCGCGACCGGCGGUGCCCCUGGCGACACGCCGAUGUCGGGCAAUGAUGCGGCGACGGCGGCGGCCACUCGCAUCGGCCUGGCCUAUGGCGAGCAGGCCCUGCACGCUGGGCAGCAGUACCUCAACAAGAAUCUCGAUCGACUGGUGAACCCGUCCCUGCUGAAGCCCUACUUCGAUGUGAGCAGCAGCUAUGUCGGCCGGAAGAUUGCCCUGGUGCUCUUCCCCUUCCGCCAUAAGUCCUGGAGCCGGACCCCGAUCACGACCUACAUGCAGGAUCCCAUGGCCACGGGUGCUGGCGGCGGCGGCCCUGGCGGCCACAGCCUCACCGGGACCGCCGAGUCCGGGCUCCACCCGGGGCCGGUGGCCACGGUGUCUUACGCCCCACCGCGGCACGAUGUCAAUGCCCCGGACCUCUACCUCCCGCUGAUGUCCUUUGUGACGUACAUCCUGCUGGUGGGCCUUAGCCGGGGGGCGGCCAAGAACUUCAACCCCGAGGUCCUCGGUGUGACCCUCUCCAAGUGCCUGGCCUUCCUGGCAAUCGAGCUGUUCCUCGUCCAGAUUGGAUCGUACAUCCUGCACCUGAACACCCCGAGCACCGGCCCGGAUGGGAGCUCCUCACCCGGCGGCUGGUGGUGGAUCGACGUUCUGGCCUACAUCGGCUACAAGUACAUCCCGAUCAUCUUUGUCGCGCUGCUCAAGAUCCUCUUCCAGUCGAGCAGCUCCGCCCUGGCCACCUGGAUCCCGUCUCUUUUCCUUGUCUACUUCAGUGGCGCCCUCGCUCUCUUUAUUCUUCGCACGAUGCGUUACAACAUGAGUGCCUCGCCGUCGGCCAUGUCCAGCCCCGCGUCCCCCAUCACCACCAGCGGCUCGCCGCCGCUGCAUCGGCGCCGGCGGAACUACUUCCUCUUUGUCGUGGCCCUCGCGCAGAUCCUCUUCAUGUGGGUCCUCACCUUCGUUUGAGGAGGGUAGGAGGACGUGCGUGUGGCCUCCUUCUCUUCGCAUCUCCUUCCCUCCCCAGCCAAGUGGAGGCUGGCCGAUUGAGAAUGCAUCUGGCGCCUUGCGUGCCUUUUCCCCCGCCUCCCCCUCAUGCGUGUGCGGGUCUAGAUGUAUGCGAAUGCAUGGGUGUUGGGUGUGCC